AUGAGUUACGAAAGCUAUUUGGCGGCGGCCAAAAGGGCCAAGCUUAACUCGGCGCUCUCUCGCGAUCUGGUGUUCGUAUAUGAACGCUUCUACGAGGAUAACAAUAUAAGGAUGGCUGAGAGUGAGGAUAUCAAACUCAAACUGCGGUCCAACCUCAUCGCCUUGUACCUCGAUGAUGCUUUAUAUAGGCAGGAUGUUCUUAAAGCCAAACUGGGAUAUUUGGAGCAGAAACUGGCCAGCAUGAUACAAGAGGAUCCAAAUGUAAUUUUUUCGUUUUUUUUUGAUGAUUUUUUUGCCGUUUUAUAGUUGCCGCCAGCUUCUCUCGAUGAUUUUGAAGCUGUGCCCAAUCCUUUCAAGUUUGAAAAUCACGAAGAAAUAAUGCAUCCGAUCCGUUCUCUGCGCUCUUCCUACAAGGCGUCCCUGGAAACUAAGUCUUUCUGGGAAUCACAGCUGGUGAAUGAUCGAUUCGAAGUCGAUGAGGCUCAGUGGAUGGCUACGACCAACCCGACGGCCGAAAACUUGGAUAGACUAUCUACUUCCCAAAAACAGCUCUCUGGUAGCGAAGACUGCUUUGCACGAAGCAAAGCAAACAGCGACAGAGAAAGAGCAGCUUACAUUGAAAUGGUGGCAGGAAAAAUGGUGAGUUAUUUUGGGAUAGGAAGGGAACUCAAGAGUGACACAUAGGAUAUUUUUGAUGGUAUGAAAAUGUUUUAGUAGUCUGAAAAAAAAUAGCUCAAUUCUUUUACUACCAUACAAGUAGUUCACACUAACUUUUGCAGAAAAGUGCUCCGGUUCCUCGUUCCCCGAACAGGUUCUCGUUUGGCGUGGCAUUUGACAGGGUGACUUUUGAAACAUUUCGUUUCUGGCCGUUUUGGCCACAUAUUGUAACCAUAUCUCAAAUACGAGUAUUUUAUGAUUUCCGAGGCUUCAGACCAAGCUUGCCGUCUUGGAACCAUCACCACUUACGAAAAGCGUCAAUUACUCUGUCCUCCAGGUAAAUUAGAAACUUUAAAAUCCUGAUAAGUUCAACAAAAAGGCAAUCUUUUUCUUGCAACUUUAAGGUAGCAAUACGAGAAGAAAUAACUUAUUUUUUCGAAUUUCCGAAAGCGAUCUAGUUAUCAAAAAAUGAAUUCUUAAAGAGCCAUCACGAGACCAAGGAUGCCCGUACCCCAGCUGACGUCAGUAUCGAAGUUCUCAUCACGCAGUUCGAAAAGCUGACGGUACGUUCCAAAAUUUGCUUUAUACGAGUAAUACAAAAAAAGUAG